CCGGCCGCUGGGUAUUUUCUUUCCGGUUGCCCUGUCCUGCCGGCCCGCCCCGGGCCCCGCGCCCCCCGGCCCCCGCGCGGCCCCUCGCCGCCGCGAUGAAGAAGUUCUUUGAGGAGAUCAAGGCCGACAUCAAGUUCAAGAGCGCGGGGCCUGGCCAGAAGCUCACGGAGUCGGCGUCGGAGAAGCCCUCCAAGGAUAAGGCACCUCAGCCGGCGCUGCGGCAACCCCGCCAGGGCCCCACAGACGAGGCACAGAUGGCUGCGGCCGCAGCCCUGGCCCGUCUGGAACAGAAGCAGCAGCCCCGCGCCCGAGCCCCCACCGCACAGGAGGCCGCCCGCAACCAGGUGAAAAAGGAGCUUCACACUGAAGCCACCGUCAGCGGGAGCCUGGAUGCCCCCGGGACCGACGUGGCUCCUGAGCCCAAGGAGGAAGACUCCACCCAUCUGGCCGUGCCUGGGGUCUACUUCACCUGCCCACUGACAGGGGCCACGCUGAGGAAGGACCAGCGGGAGGCCGCCAUCAAAGAGGCCAUCCUCUCGCACUUCUCCACAGACCCUGUGGCCGCCUCCAUCAUGAAGAUCCACACUUUCAACAAGGACCGCGAGCGGGUGAAGCUGGGUGUGGACACCAUCGCAAAGUACCUCGACAACAUCCACUUACACCCUGAGGAAGAGAAGUACCGUAAGAUCAAGCUGCAGAACAAAGUCUUCCAGGAGCGCAUCCACUCUCUGGAAGGGGCCCACGAGUUCUUUGAGGCUGUCGGCUUCCAUAAGGAGCUGCUGCCCGUCCCAGAUCAGGAGAGCCCUGAGGAGUUCUACGUGCUGAGCGCGGGUGCCCUGGCGGAGCCGCAGCGCCUGGGGAAGCUCCGGGAGCGGCUGGUGGGCGCCGAACCUCUGCGCGCCCGCCUCGCCCGCCAGCCCCGAGUCUUCCAGCCCUCGGCGCUGGCCGCCCACUUCCAGCUGCCCUCCGACUUCUUCACUCUCUCGGCUGACGAGAUCAGGCGGGAGCAGAAGCUCAGGUCAGAGGCAGUGGAACGGCUGAGCGCGCUGAGGACCAAAGCCAUGCGCGAGAAGGAGGAGCAGCGGGAACAGCGCAAGUACUCCUACACGUUGCUGCGUGUGCGCCUCCCUGACGGCUGUCUCCUCCAGGGGACCUUCUACGCACGCGAGCGGGUGGCCGCCUUGUAUGGCUUCGUGCGCGAGGCACUGCAGCAGGACUGGUUGCCCUUUGACCUCCUCGCCUCGGGCGGCCGCAAGCUCUCAGAAGACGAGAACCCGGCCUUCAACGAGUGCGGACUGGUGCCCUCGGCCCUCUUGACCUUCUCAUGGGACACGGCGGUGCUGGAGGACGUCAGGGCGGCGGGUGUGCAGCCCGACAGCUCCAUCCUCAGGCCUGAGCUCCUGGUGGCCAUGGAGCAGCUCCCAUGACAGAAGCAGAAGGCUUGGCCGGCACCCGGGGUCUGUCACACACACCCUGUCUCUUGAGGGGCUACCCCCUUUACUGAGUGGCCCGGGUUGGGAGUUGGGACAUUCAGCCUGCCGCGGGUGGGGCCUCUGUGAAAACACUAAUAAACGGGUUUGGCUACUA